CACUUUGAUAGGUCAAUUUAAAGCAACACAAAUUUUCCAUAUAAAAAGAAAACACUGCCAAUUCCUAAAAAUGGAUUUUUGCUAAAAAGCUCCUAACAUCACUCACUACUUACUUCUUACUACACUUUCAAGUAUUCUAGGAGUUAUCAAAAAACCAAAAGAAUUCAAACAUGUAGCUACAAUAGCCUUGUAGCAAAAAUAGUCUUCACUAUUCUUUUACCCCUUUCUCUCUCUCUCUUACUCUCUUUCAAAUCUUACUUCAAUAAAAACCCUUUCAGAUCAAUUUCAAUUUCAAUAUCAAGAUCAAGAUCCAAUCUAAUUCUCUUAACUAGUCAUGAAUUCACUUGAAGAAUUCAACUCAUCAAACAACACACAAACAAAAAGCAUCAUCAACUUCACCACCAUAGCAACAACAUCAGAAGACAAAAACAUUACAAACUUCACAUCUUCAUCUUCUUCCUCCUCAGCACCACAGCCAGCAAACACUCUAAGUCGCUAUGAGAAUCAGAAAAGAAGAGACUGGAACACUUUUGGACAAUACCUAAGAAACCAUAGACCACCACUUUCACUCUCACGUUGUAGUGGAGCACAUGUUCUUGAGUUCCUAAGAUAUUUAGAUCAGUUUGGGAAAACUAAGGUUCAUUCACAGAUUUGUCCGUUUUUUGGUCAUCCGAAUCCACCUGCACCUUGUCCUUGUCCUCUUCGACAAGCUUGGGGAAGCCUUGAUGCACUGAUUGGAAGAUUGAGAGCUGCUUUUGAAGAAAAUGGUGGAAAACCUGAAGAUAACCCUUUUGGUGCUCGUGCUGUUAGACUUUUUCUUCGUGAAGUUAGGGAUUCACAAUCUAAAGCUAGAGGUAUUAGUUAUGAGAAAAAGAAGCGUAAACGGCCUCAACAACAGCAACAACUACCACCACCAUCAAAUAAUGCAACUUAAAGUUGUGAUUUGAGAUUUAGCGACUGCAAGAUUAAUCUACACAGGAGCAUCAUCUACUGUUGGUAGAAGCAUAAGAAUGAGACUGAAAUGGCUCCGUGACACUGCGAAAUCUGUAAUAAAAUGUUUCUAUCUUAAAUUAAUGUUAAUUAUAUGAUGAAAAUAAUAUAUGGAUGUUUUCACGUAACGUGUUGUUUACCUUAGGUAGGUAAGGUGCAGUUUCUUCCUCUUGAAAAAUGACUGAAUCAUUGUGAACGUGUAUAUAGCAAUGUUUUGAUUUCAGGGAUGGGGUCUUUUUGAUG